AUAUUGUUGAUGUUGGCUGUUGGUGUUUUCAUAUACUAGCAGACAAACACAUAGAACAAGACAAAGUCACUUUCCCCUUAUUGACCUGUUGUGUGAUUGACUCCCACAGCAAACAUGACCAACCGAGAGCCGGACAAGGCUACCGCCAAAGGAGACAAUGGUCCCGACCAUAUCUCCGGCCAAAGCAACAAACCUCUCUCCCGACCUGCCCACGCCUUAACCCAUCAACAGCUCGCCCAGGAAAUCGGAGCCGACCCCCUCUCUGGUCUCACCCCCGACGAGGCCAAACGCCGUCUGGAGGAAUAUGGAAAAAACGAACUGGGCGAGGCUGAAGGUGUUCAGCCCAUCAAGAUCAUUAUCGCCCAGAUUGCUAAUGCCAUGACCUUGGUCCUCAUCCUAGCAAUGGCCGUCUCCUUCGGCAUCAAAUCCUGGAUCGAAGGCGGCGUCGUCGCCUUCGUCAUCGCUCUCAACGUCAUCGUCGGUUUCUUCCAAGAGUACUCGGCCGAAAAGACCAUGGACAGUCUCCGCUCUCUUUCCUCUCCGACCGCCACCCUCGUCCGCGGCGGCGAGGCCAUGGUCGUUCCCUCGGGCGAGAUCGUCCCCGGCGAUUUGGUAGAAGUCAAAAUGGGCGAUACCCUGCCGGCAGAUAUUAGGUUGAUCGAAGCCAAAAACUUUGAAACCGACGAAGCUCUUUUGACAGGCGAAUCCCUCCCCGUUCGUAAAACGGUUGAGUCCACCUUCGACGACACCACCGGCCCCGGCGACCGCUUAAACGUCGCCUACUCCUCUUCCACCGUCGCCAAGGGAAGAGCAAAGGGCAUCGUUUUUGCUACAGGCACUUUCACCGAAAUCGGCGCCAUCGCCUCUGCUCUCAACAAAAAGGACUCCAAAGUCCGUCCCGUCAAGCGCAAGCCCAAUGGUCACGCUGGUCCGCAUCGUUAUCUGGAAGCGUACACUUUAACUCUCGGAGACGCCAUCGGUCGGUUUCUGGGUGUCAACGUCGGUACCCCGUUGCAGCGAAAGCUGUCGAAGCUGGCUAUGUUGCUUUUCGGCAUCGCCGUUAUUUGUGCUAUUAUCGUUUUGGGAGCGAACAAGUUCAAUACCCGUCAGGAAGUCAUCAUUUACGCCGUGGCCACGGGACUGAGCAUGAUUCCAGCGAGUCUGGUGGUGGUGUUGACGAUCACCAUGGCGGCUGGCACCAAACGCAUGGUGGAGAGGAACGUUAUCGUGCGCAACCUCAAGUCUCUUGAAGCCCUGGGCGCGGUGACGGAUAUUUGCUCUGAUAAGACGGGGACGUUGACGCAGGGCAAGAUGGUUGCGAGAGGUGCUUGGAUCCCGGGGAUGGGGACUUACACCGUUGAGUUGUCUGGCGAACCGGUGAAUCCUACCAAGGGCAAUAUCCGCUUUGCGAAGCAGAUGCCGUCGGAGAUUGAUUUCAAGUCCACGACCGAUUCCAACUCCGCAACAGGCGAAAUCACGGCCCCGACCGAUCUCUUGUCAUCCAGCACCACUCGUCUCCAAGACUUCCUCUCAGUCUGCUCCCUCGCCAACCUCGCCACCGUCUUCUCCAAAGAAUCCGAAGACACUCCCGGCACAGAACAAUGGCACGCGCGCGGCGACCCGACGGAAAUUGCCAUUCAGGUGUUUGCUUCCCGGUUCGGCUUUAACCGUCUCCGUCUCGUCUCUUCCGGCUCCUCUCCCAAUGGCGAUGCCAAAUGGCAAGAAGUCGCUGAAUUCCCGUUUGAUUCGGACGUCAAGCGCAUGUCGGUUAUCAUGAAGAAUACGCAGACGCAAGAGCACUGGGCGUUCACCAAGGGCGCUGUGGAAAGGGUUAUUGGUGCUUGCGUCGAUUAUUUCGAUUCCGACUCCCCUUCCGCCAAACCUAAGCCGGUAACCGACGAGUUCCGCUCUGAAAUCCUGCGCAACAUGGAAACUUUCGCUUCUUUGGGUUUACGCGUCCUGGCCCUCGCCUCCCGCCGCCUCCCCCCCUCCGACGGCACCACCUGGAACGAAGAAACCCCCCGCCCCCUAAUCGAAUCACAUCUCACCUUCCGCGGCCUCAUAGGCCUCUACGACCCCCCUCGCCCCUCCUCCGCUUCAGCAGUCCACCAAUGCCACUUAGCCGGCAUCUCCGUUCACAUGCUAACCGGCGACCACCCCGAGACCGCCAAAGCAAUCGCCAUCGAAGUCGGCAUCUUACCCCCCCUGGCCUCCAUGUCCCGCGUCUCCGCCGCUGUCGCGCAGGCAAUGGUCAUGACCGCCUCCCAGUUCGACGCCCUUUCCAAUUCCGAAGUCGACGCUUUACCUGUCUUACCACUCGUCAUCGCACGCUGCGCACCCUCUACCAAAGUCCGCAUGAUCGAAGCCCUCCAUCGCCGCGGUCGGUUCUGCGCCAUGACAGGCGACGGCGUCAACGACUCCCCUUCGCUCCGGCGCGCAGACGUUGGAAUAGCCAUGGGCUUGUCCGGUAGCGACGUAGCCAAGGACGCGAGCGAUAUCGUCUUAACAGAUGAUAACUUCGCCAGCAUCGUGGCUGCCAUCGAAGAAGGUCGUCGAAUAUUUGACAACAUCCAGAAGUUUGUAUUGCACGUUUUGGCCGAGAACAUCGCUCAGGCCGGCACCUUGUUAAUCGGGUUAGCGUUCAAAGACGCCUCGGGCCUGUCCGUGUUUCCUUUAGCUCCAGUGGAAAUAGUCUGGAUCAUCAUGAUCACCUCCGGUUUGCCCGACAUGGGACUCGGUUUCGAGCGCGCAGUGCCGGAUAUCAUGGCCCGCCCGCCGCAAUCUUUGCGCACGGGAAUUUUUACGCUGGAGUUCCUGAUAGAUAUGGUUUUUUACGGGCUAUGGAUCACCGCCCUCUGCCUCGCUUCUUUCGUGUUGAGAGUCUACGCCUGGGGCGACGGCGACUUAGGCAAAAACUGCAACGAGCAUUACUCCCCCUCGUGCGAAACGGUCUUCCGCGCGCGCGCGACGACGUUCGCCUGCUUAACCUGGUUUGCUUUGUUUCUGGCUUGGGAAUUAGUCGAUAUGCGCCGCUCGUUUUUCCGCAUGCAACCCGGCAGCAAAAAAUACUUCACGCAGUGGAUGGUCGAUGUUUGGCGGAAUAAAUUCCUGUUUUGGGCUAUCGUCGGCGGAUUCGUUACGCUUUUUCCUACCCUUUAUAUUCCGGUUAUUAACACCGCCGUGUUCAAACAUACUGGUAUCAGCUGGGAGUGGGGCAUUGUGUUCAUCGCAGCGGGAUUGUUCUUUGGGGGCGUGGAGGGGUGGAAGUGGGGCAAGAGAGUGUUUUUGAGACGCAGGGCGAGGAGGGGGGCGAGGGGGGCUGCUAAAAGGGGGGGAGCAGGGGGAGGGAAACUGUGGAAGGAUAUGGAUGUUGAGGAAAAGAUUUUUGGGGAGUAUUUUACUGGCUCGAGUGGGAGUGAGAGUGAGGUUUCGGUUGAGUCUCGGGGAGAGGGAGAGGGAGAGGGAGAGGGAGCCACGGGCCAGCGCCGGGGGGAGCACGGACGGGAUUGA